UUUCGUGGUUUUGUUUACAAAUUUUUGUAUAGCAUAUAUUAAACAAAAUACACAAUUAAAUAUUAUCAAUAAAUAUCAAAAAAUACGUGCAAAAAUUAUUUUUAUAAAAUGAAUACCGGAAUUGAAUUGCUGGAGGGAGAUAUUCCAUAUGAAGAAGAAAUUCUUCGUAAUGCAUAUUCUGUUAAACAUUGGCUUCGCUAUAUAGAAUACAAAUCAAGUGGAUCUUAUAAAAGUCUCAAUAUGGUGUAUGAAAGGGCACUUAAGGAAUUACCAGGAUCAUAUAAAAUUUGGAAUAUGUACUUACGGGCUCGAAGGCAUCAAGUACGCGGUAAAUUUAUUACGGAUCCAGCAUAUGAAGAUGUGAAUAAUUGUUUCGAGCGAUCCUUAGUUUUCAUGAAUAAAAUGCCAAGAAUAUGGAUGGAUUAUUGCCAAUUUAUGACGCUCCAAUGUAAAAUUACAAGAACCCGAAAAUUAUUUGAUAGAGUUUUGAGAUCACUUCCCAUUACACAGCAUAAUCGAAUAUGGCCCCUUUAUUUAGAUUUUAUAAAAAAAUUUGAUAUUCCAGAAACUGCCGUUGUUGUUUAUAGAAGAUAUUUAAAACUUUGUCCAGAAGACGCAGAGGAUUUUAUAGAAUUUUUGAUAAGUAUUGAUAGGCUAGACGAAGCAGCCCAAAGAUUGGCCAAUAUUAUAGAUGAUCAGAAUUUCGUAUCGAAAUAUGGUAAAUCGAAUCAUCAAUUAUGGAAUGAAUUAUGUGAAUUGAUCUCUAAAAAUCCUGACAAAGUUCAUUCACUUAACGUCGAUGCAAUUAUAAGAGAUGGUCUUAGGCGCUACACUGAUCAAAUUGGGCAUUUAUGGAACUCUUUGGCUGAUUAUUAUAUACGAAGUGGUUUAUUUGAUAGAGCGAGAGAUAUAUACGAAGAAGCAAUAGAAACUGUAAAUACAGUACGAGAUUUCACCCAGGUUUUUGAUGCUUACGCUCAAUUUGAAGAAUUAUCUCUAAAUAAAAAAAUGGAAGAUGUAGGAAAUGAUCCGGAUGCAACAGAAGAAGAUGAUGCAGAUAUUGAAUUACGGUUAGCUCGAUUUGAAUAUUUAAUGGAAAGACGACUGUUGCUCUUAAAUAGCGUGCUAUUAAGACAAAAUCCACAUAAUGUUCACGAAUGGCACAAGCGAGUAAAAUUAUAUGAAGGAAAACCAAAUGAAAUAAUUGAUACUUUCACUGAAGCUGUUCAAACAGUUCAGCCUAAAUUAGCUGUUGGAAAGCUGCAUACUCUAUGGGUUGAAUUCGCUAAAUUUUAUGAGAAUAAUGAUCAACUAGAGGAUGCUGAAUUAGUUUUUGAAAGAGCAACGGAAGUAGGAUAUGUCAAAGUUGAUGAAUUAGCUUCAGUAUGGUGUGAAUGGGCUGAAAUGGAAAUAAGGCAAGAAAAUUAUGAGCAAGCACUGAAAUUAAUGCAGAAAGCCACUGUAAUGCCUAAACGAAAAGUAGCGUAUCAUGAUGAUUCAGAAACGGUUCAAAUGAGAUUAUACAAAAGUUUGAAAGUUUGGUCCAUGUAUGCUGAUUUAGAAGAAAGCUUCGGAACUUUUAAAACUUGCAAAGCAGUUUAUGAUAGAAUUAUCGACUUAAAAAUUUGUACUCCACAAAUUAUUAUUAAUUAUGGGUUGUUUUUAGAAGAGCAUAAUUAUUUUGAGGAAGCAUUUAGAGCGUAUGAGAAAGGGAUUGCACUAUUUAAAUGGCCAAACGUGUAUGAUAUAUGGAACAUUUACUUGACAAAAUUUUUAAAAAGAUAUGGUGGAUCAAAAUUAGAAAGGGCAAGAGAUUUAUUUGAACAAUGUUUGGAAAAUUGUCCUCCAGAAUUUGCAAAAUCAUUUUACCUUCUCUAUGCAAAAUUAGAGGAAGAACAUGGUUUGGCUAGACAUGCGAUGGCGGUUUAUGAACGAUCAACAACAGCUGUUCAAAUUGAAGAAAUGUUCAGUAUGUAUAAUAUUUAUAUUAAAAAAGCGGCCGAACUUUAUGGCUUGCCUAAAACACGACAAAUUUAUGAAAAAGCCAUUGAGGCUCUGCCUGAAGAAAAUGCUAGGGAAAUGUGUGUUCGUUUUGCUGAAAUGGAAAUUAAAUUAGGAGAAGUUGAUAGGGCUAGAGCUAUAUAUGCCCAUUGCAGUCAAAUGUGUGAUCCACGAAUAACAGCAGAAUUCUGGCAGACAUGGAAAGAAUUUGAGGUACGUAACGGUAAUGAGGAUACCAUGCGUGAAAUGUUAAGAAUUAAACGUAGUGUACAAGCUACGUAUAAUACACAAGUAAAUAUGAUGGCAGCUCAAAUGGUUAAUACUUCUCUUGGAACUGUAGCAGAUUUGGCGCCUGGUGCACAAGAUGGAAUGCGAUUAUUGGAAGCUAAAGCAGCAGAAAUGGCAAAACAUAAACCAACAGAAUCCUCUCAAUCUAUAAGCAAACCUGCACCAAGUAAUAUUUUGUUUGUACGAGGGGAAACUACUGGAACUGGUGAAAAAGAUAAAGUAAUUAAUCCGGAUGAAAUUGAUAUUGGAGACAGUGAUGAAGAUGAAGAUGAAAAUGACGAAGAAGAAAUGGAAGUUGUUGAAAAUGGUGAAGAAAAUGUUGAAGUUAUUGGAAAAGUUGGAAUAGAAAAACAACAAAUUCCCGCAAAAGUUUUUGGUAGUCUUAAGAAAAUUGACAGUGAUGAAGAUGAAUAAUAUAGUUCCAUAUAUGUUUUUAGUAUUUUUUUAAAAAGUGAAAUAUAUGUACAAUAAAAAUUAAAAAGAACUGAAAA